AUGCUGUCGGCUCCAGCAGUGUUCAGCAUGUCUUUUGUAGCUGACGCUGGUGGCUACUUAUCCGUCCGGUUCAUGAUCGGUUUCUGUCUAGCCACCUUUGUGUCAUGUUCAUACUGGACCAGUGUGAUGUUUACUGGAAAGAUCAUUGGACUCGUCAACGGAUGUGCCGGUGGUUGGGGAGACAUGGGAGGAGGCGUGACUCAGUUACUCAUGCCGAUGGUCUUCCACAUCAUCAAAGUCGCUGGAGCCACUCCUUUCACGGCAUGGAGGAUCGCGUUCUUCAUCCCCGGCUUUCUUCAGGUUAUCAUGGGGAUUCUAGUGCUCACUCUUGGACAAGAUUUUCCUGAUGGAAACCUAAGUACUCUGCAGAAGAAAGGAGACGUUUCUAAAGACAAAUUAACCAAGGUGCAUGAUUAAUCCGAUUC